CCACGCCGGAAGCGGUUUGCUUUGCCAUAGCUAGCUUGUAGCUCGGCUAAUAAACGGCUCUCGGUGUUAUGGUGUUCGCUGUCAGUCGGAGAGAAGCGGGGCCGUGAUAGACGUCUGACCGGGGCUCUGAAGAGACAGACUGGGGGUUUAAAAUCAGACCGGGUCGCUCUGGAAUGAGGUCUGGUGACUAGAACCAGACAGGAGCAAUAAUAACGAGAACCAUGGUGACCAAGAAGAUCCGGACGGAGUACAUGAAGAAGUUCAGGGAUCCCAGAUGGGAGACGUUUUCUAAAUGUUACGAGGACUCUCUGAAGUACCGCCUCACCCGGCGGGUGAUGGAGCACUCCCACAAGCCCUGGAUCUGGGAGGGCUGGGACAGCGGCUCAGAGUCCAGCGGCUGGUCCACGCCGAGGCUCAACAGGAACAAGAUCGCCCCUCUGUCCCUCCCACCGCCGCCCCCCCCCACGGAAGUGAAGCAGAGCCCGUCCAACCCCGGGCCGAGACCUCCUGCCGAGGAUGGAGAGACGGAGGAGGGAGUGGGGGAGGCACCGGUUGGAGAUGCUACAGCGACCGCAGACGUCGUGGAGAACGGCGUGAACGAAGCCAGCGGCGGUUCAGAGGACUCGACGAUAGACAGCGUCCCCGCUGACACCACGUCUUCCGACGGCGAGCCCGUGAACCCCGUGCCGAAGCGUCGUCACCGCCGCCGCACCCCUCGCUCGGAGCCGGGACGCCGGGACGGUUCCCACGACGACAAACCGGCCGUCGUCCGCAAACCGCCGAGAGCGAGGAGCACCCCGCCGGUCCUCGCCAAGGAGACGGAGAACCGGAGAACGCCCAGCCGACUGGACUGGAACGAGAGACAGACGGAGGUCAGACGGACGCCGAAUGACAGCAACACGUCGGACGCCUGCGUUCAGACCCGCCGGCAGUCCGACAAGCGCGGCUCCGCCGUGGAGCGCCGGCGGGCUCGCUCCGCCGACCUGGAGAAGACGAGGCGGUCGCAGCUCACGGUGGCGGACGACCGCUGGAUGACGGAGUACAUGCGCUGCUUCUCCGCCCGCCUGAGGUAGAGACCGGACCCCCCUCCCCGCCAGAAACCCGAAACCCCUGAAAACCACGUUUCACUGUUUGAGAGCAAAUGGUGGAACGGGUGUCGGGAGACGAACUGAGAACCGCGGUGUCUAUUAUUGGAUUUAAAGUUAAAGACAUUCACCAAACAUUAAAUAAGAUGCGUUUAAUAACCUGCCCUGAUCAUAGUGGAAUAAUACAUAUGAUGUAUGUGUGUAUAUGUAUGUGUAUAUAUGUACACACACACACAUAUACAUACAUAUACAAAUAUAUAUAUAUAUAUAAAUACAGCACAUUUACAUACAUAUAUGUGUAUAUAUAUGUAUGUGUAUAUAUGUACACACACAUAUAUACACAUACAUAUACAUACAUAUAUAUCUAUAUAUAUAUAUAUAUAUAUAAAUA